ACAAUGUCAAGUUCGGAAACAGAAGAUGAAAAUAUUCAAAAACUUUUGGAAGCCGUAGAUACAGACUUCUUAUCAAAUAAGUACCUUUCCAAUUCCGGAAGUAAGCUUGCAACAGAUACCGACAAACGAAACAGUUCUGGCGAUUUGGAAACCUCUAAAUCCAACCGAUAUAUAACUCAAGAAUGUCCAUUCCAAAGCGAUAUAAUUGUCCAAGAAUCAAUGAAAAAGCAUUUCUGCAAGAAAAUGUCCUCAAUUAUAGAGCAACAAAUUUGUUACGAUGAUUCUAAUAUCCACGACACGUCAAAGCGGAAAUUGACACACGCCGGUGUUAAAUUAUUCAAAGAUAGUCAGAACUAUUUAAAACUUCCUCAAACUAGUGGUACUCAUACAAAACGAAAAAAGUUUAUACCUAUUGUAAAUGAUGUUGACUGCAAAGAAAAAGUGAACAUGUCUGUUGUUGAUGCUGACUAUAUCAUAAAGCAAUCAAAAAUCGGUAACCCAAGAAUCCGACGUAGCUCGCUUGUAUUUGAAUACAAAUGGGAGCAGUCAAGGUUUGUUCUACAAUAUCCUCAAAAUGAGUUUGCCCAACGCAGAAAGAAAAAUGAGUGGGAUGAAUCCAAAAUAUCUCGUUUUCGUCAGAGGAAAACGUAAAUGUAUAUCUUCUAUUGUAAUAAGAGAAAAGUUCUGAAACUACGAAGUUCUAAAACAAUGGUAUUUUUGUCUGUUUUUAAAAAGAUAGGAAGUGAGAAAUAUCCUUACCUAUCUUUACACGGAAAAGAUAUGGACUUAUUUGCUUCAAAAUAAUUUAUACUAACCAGUCGGUAAAGAGGUAAAGACCAAUCAUCUAGGACAAUCAACCAAAGUCCCCAAGGUGUGAAAUGAAAGCCAAGGGUUAGAAGCCAAUUCUGCUAGAAAAUAACCAAUUUAUUGGUUUUUUAGGUAAAUUGUUAUAAUUUGAAUAGUUUAAAACAUGACAUGAAUCACACAAUAACAGGAUAUUUUUGCAAGUGUCGUUAUGCUCAAGAAUGUCCAGUUUGAUAGGAUUUAACAGUUUUAUAUUCUUCAUGCUCAAUACAUAAUGGGUUAUUGUUUUGUAGCACUUGAAAACUAAUUUAGAAGUAGUUUAAAAAAAAGUUUGUUGGAAAACCAUUAACCUGACUUGUUUUUAAAAUGAACAUCAAAAUUAAUUCCAGAAAAAAAUAAUCGGAAUGUUAAAACACCUUAGAAGUUAUCAACACGAAAUUUACCUACCGAUAUUUUAAUCGGUUAGAGCAAAAAAUCUGAAAGGUAGUCCCUAACCAAUUAUUUGCUGAGAAAUUAUCGCUUUCAUAACAUUAGACUAUUAGGAGGAUGAAGCAAUAAGGUUUGCGGUAAAAAAAUGGACAAAAAUUGCCGAUUUUUAAUGGGUUUACCUUUAAUCGCACUGACGAAACUACUUAUGCAUCUUAGUUUUUUUUUUUCAUCACCAUACGAAAAAAAGUCCAUUUUUUUACCGCAAACGUUAGUGGUGGGAUCAGGACGGGGAAUACUUACUAACUUUUACUUUUUGGCAACAGAUCAUAGAGAUCCAAUCCAGAAUCUAGUUUACGCCUACAAAAAAACUCGGUCUUGGGCCACUCUUCUCCAAUCGAUUUCCUUAGUCUUUUCAGCUAUUUCGGAAUAAUUUUCAUAAGAUGAGUACUUGAAUGCAAUAAAACGAUCGCUGGUAGCUAAUUUUUUCUGUUACCAUGUUGAGUCCAGGGUUGGUUUAGCGUUUCUAUUGAUCUACGUUUAAUAGACUCUUUUGAAUCAUUUACCUAUGUUGUUAGUAAAAACUAUAAUUUUAUUCUGUUAAACUGCAAUGCUGAUGUUUGUUUCAAUUAAUACUAAUAUUUUCUGAAUCCUUUCCAAAGCUCUGUUUACAGUUAGUCAAUUACUGUGAAGUCAAUUUCGCAGCAUCCUUUAACGUUCCUUCGGUCCAUGUUUGUAUUUUGCUCGUGGAAUAACAUACGCACUCGAUAAGUUCCCUUGCCCAGUUCUAGGUAACGAUGUAAAUAGUUAAGCUUCAGUACUGCUGCAUCCAGGUUAUACAAUCCCUGCAAAGAAAAUCACCAAGAUAAUCAUCGAUCCACCAAGUAUUGAGAAGCCACUUACCUCGAAUCUUCCACAACGAUCACCAUUGGUCAUUGCACUGGAUAUCAUGAACCAAGGUCCGCUGUCGUCCGAGUGGAAGCGAUCGCAGUGCAUCGGUUCAACAUACUCCACGGGAUUAUCCAGACAGAUAGUAUCGAUUCCAAGCGGACACUUGUAACUCGUGAUAAUCAGUUCCCAAGCAACGUUGUCGUUUGGUUUUUUGACGUGAUACUGUGCAUGCAUGGUGUUGCAAACUCCGUCCUCAUCCCGAUCGUAUGUAACCUUUGUUAAUCCCACUUCCAUAUCGUCAUAUGGAAGGUUCUCGUCUUGACAAUUGUCGAACAUGGUCAAGUUGACACGCUACAGCCCAGCAUUUGACAAGUUAUUAGUAUCGAAAUCUAAUUAAGCACAGAUAAAUAUUACAAGCUUACCAGACCAUGGGCAACGUCCACAACAACGAGGAAUAUCAAAAAAUCUAUCAAUUGCUUAUACAUUUCGAUGAUCGCAAAAGUAAAGUCGAUCGUGGGAUCGAUUUUUGCUUUUAUAUCGAACUGAAUUUCUCCAAUUCAUAGUUUGCCUCAUAAUAAGGGCUUUCCAGAUUUAAUGAUAUGCAAUAUGCGGUAACGAUGCAUCCCUUCAUGCUCUGUGCCUCUCGAUCGGCAAUUAGUAGAAGACGCAUUCAUUGGGACGAUAAGACAAAAAGCUCAAUUGUUGUACGGGUAUGGCAGACACUAAUACCCUGUGAGCAGUCGAAAUUAAUAUUGCAACUUUUGCUUGUCCUACGGUUAAUUAUAUACGACGAAUGCUGAAAUGUUCAGUUUCUCAUUAAAACUUAUUAUUUGCAAAAAUAGAUUUACAUGAACGCUUCAAUCCAAUAAAUGUGUAUUCACUUUUUGGCUUCUAAAAUAAUGAUGUUGUAAUAGAAAUAUGAAAUAUGAAAUUUGACGUAAUGUAAAUGCUCAAGAAAUAGUGAAAUA